UUAGAUGAGAACGUAUGAAUUCCGUGCUAUUCGGGGCUCCCUUUGUAUCUGCCAGUGUUGUCUUGGGCGACAACAAAGGAUGGAUAGCUGGUGUCAUUUCAGUUGUUUUGGACAUGCAGGGGGUUUAAUUUGACACACCAGUCUUGCUGGAGUUAUUUAGUGUGUGUGUGGCGUUAGCGGUGCUCAGUUUAAAGCAGCCGUCGUUAGUCAAAUCCAGAAGGUUUUCGAUGGUAAUCGCUGCGUUGUGAUGUUUAUAUUCAUCGUUACUGAGGAUGCACUGUGCGUUUCAACUCUAACUUGGGAUCAACGCAAUGCCAUUGUAAAUAGGUCAAUUUUCUGGUCAACUGCGGACUAUCACUAUCACAGAGAAUGAAAAUUGUGACGCAGUUGUGUAAAACAUCUUUCAUUGCCUGCUGCAGCAGUGCUGUCGGGCUUUGCGGCACCUACAUCAGCUGCUGCAAAACGUCUGCGCAAUGGUUAUGUGCCAGUGUGCAUAUGAUGUUAGAUUUUUUUCUAAGAAAAUAUAAAUGCAUUCAAUCAGUUGGGGUAAAUGUUAGGGGGUAGAGGGGUCUGAAAGAAGUAGUUGUUUUGUUAAGGCUUGGGAAUUGUAGUUUAAUUCCCCCAACUAGAGCAGAGGUUUCUACGGCCUCUUUAAAGGAAAUGGACUACAACACCCAUAUGCUCAACUCUCUAGAUACUUUGUAAACUCUGUGCAAGUUGCGCGUCUGCACACAAUUUUAGGUAUGCAGCUAGUGCUAUCUGCUCGGCAGUGUGUGUGUGUGGUUUUUUUUUGGUCAGGUUUUGGCCUCUAGAAAUAAAUUCCAAACAUCGGGAUUUGAUGACAGCCUUUGAACGGGAAUUCAUAGAUAACAUUUGGCGACAAGAUUUACAGCUGAAUUCCCACUUGACUACACUGGCGAGCAUCCAUAAGAUCCACCACACCUUGCACAGGCUGAACCUGACAGAAGACGUUGGACAGGAUAGCCACCCCUCAGCUUGUUGCUCUAGAGCCAUGCCUCCUAGGAAAAAGAGGAGACCCUCUGCUGGAGAUGACAUGUCAGCCAAGAAAAGUCGCCAGGACAGCGUUUUCAGAAAACAUGAAACGCCACAAAUCCGGGAGGAGGAGACAUUUUCCAGUAAAAGAUGCUUGGAGUGGUUCUAUGAAUAUGCAGGUUGUGAUGACGUGGUGGGUCCAGAGGGCAUGGAGAAGUUCUGCGAGGACAUUGGAGUGGAGCCAGAGAAUGUCGUGAUGCUGGUUCUUGCUUGGAAGCUGGAUGCCCAGAGUAUGGGAUAUUUCACUCUCCAGGAGUGGCUUAGAGGCAUGGGCCUACUACAGUGCGACUCCACAGAGAGGCUGAGGAACUCGCUCGACUACCUGAGAUCUGUCCUAAACGACGGCACCAGUUUUAAGCUCAUUUAUAGAUAUGCCUUUGAUUUUGCUCGGGAAAAGGAUCAGAGGAGUUUGGACUUGAACACAGCCAAGUGCAUGCUGGGACUUCUUUUGGGAAAGACGUGGCCUCUGUUCCCUGUGUUUAAUCAGUUUCUAGAACAAUCCAAGUACAAAGUCAUCAACAAAGACCAAUGGUGCAAUGUUUUAGAGUUCAGCAGGACAAUCAACCUGGACCUCAGUAACUACGAUGAGGAUGGUGCCUGGCCAGUUUUGUUGGACGAGUUUGUGGAAUGGUACAAGGAAAGACAGAUGUCAUAGGUGCAGAGCGAAAUGAAAG